AUGAAUAGUCAAAAUAAUCUUUCAACAUCAAUUGGUAUUUCGAACAUAAUCAGUGAUAAGUCAUCAAGUAUUACAACAGAUGAUUGUUCAUAUUAUGGUCGAUUGAAUACAACAGGUUUUGGUUUUAUUCGAUCUUAUGAAGGAAUUCCAGAAAAUAUUAUUGUGAAUCUUAUCGUUACAGCGAUUCUUUUAUUACUUUUUGUUUAUUUACGACGUCGUUUUUCUGAUGCGAAAAACAUUAAUGAUGGAACUGAAAUAUCAACUUUACUCUAUGGACGAAGUAAUUCAUCUCGAAAUUUGCCUCGUAAUACAUAUUGGUUAUGGGUUCGAGAUUUAUUUCGAAUAACUGAUUGGGAUAUUUAUCAAAAUUGUUCACCAGAUGCCUAUUAUUAUCUUUUAUUUCAUACAUAUUUAAUUGUCUAUUUACUAUUCGUGACAAUAUUUUCAUUGGCAAUUAUAUUACCAGUUAAUUUUCAAGGAACACAAGCGACACCUGAACAAAAAUUUGCUCAUACAACUAUUGCAAAUUUAUCACCAGAUUCAUCAUUACUUUGGGUUCAUGCAUGUGCAUCAAUAAUAUUUGUCAUAGCUGGAAUUAUUGUAGCUUAUUUAUAUACAAAUGCUACACGAUACUAUGCUAAAGAAGAUAUGUAUGAAGAUGAAGAAUCGAAAGAAAAAGCUUCACGAACAGUAAUGAUACGUGGAAUACCUCCAAAUGUAUGUGAUGAAGAGAAAUUAAAUAAUUAUUUUCGAGAAGCAUAUCCAUCAAUAGAAAUAACACAUCUAACAUUAGCUUAUAAUAUUGUUCAAUUACAACAUGUUUAUAAACGCCGCGAGCUUAAUCUACGAGUUUGGCAACAAAGUAAAAAAAUGCUUGAAGAAACAGGUCAACGUCCUGUUGUUUACAAUAAUAAAUGUGGACAAAUGUGUGGUUGUUGUGCAAAAGAGAUUGAUGCGAUUGAUUAUUAUGAAAAAUUAUAUAAUACAUAUAAACAACGUGUAGAAGAUGAAUUUACACAUGUAAGAGAUAAAAAAUGUGGAAUAGCUUUUUUAACAUUUUCAACACCUGAGCAAGCUCAUAAAGUUCGAGCAGAUUUCCGUGCGACAUGUUUUUCACGAGAUCGUCGAAUAGAAACAUCAACAAGUAGAACACUUGGAAUUCAUGAAUGGACUGUGAAAUUUGCACCAAGUCCAAAAAAUAUUAUUUGGAAAAAUAUUCCAAUGAGUGAAGCUAGUCAUUGGUUUCGUAUUAUCGUAGUUAACAUUAUUCUGGUAUUUUUUAUGAUUUUCUUAACAACUCCAUCGAUUGUAAUGAGUACAAUUGAUAAAAUUGCUAAUAAAUAUCGUUCAAUUGAUCCAUUAAAAAAAGUGACAAAACAAAUCCAUUUUCCAGUUGUAUUAACAUCUGUUAUGCCAGUUUUAUUAUUACGUAUAUUUGCUGCUGCAAUGCCAUCACUUGUUAGUAUAACAUCAUUACUUGAAAAACAAUGGAAAAAAUCUGCAUUAGAUAAAUCAAUGAUGAUUAAAUUAUUUGUUUUUCUUUCAAUGAUGAUAUUAAUCUUACCAUCAUUAGGUUUAACAAGUAUUGAAGGAUUUCUUCGUUGGGUUUUUGAAAGUAACGAUGGAGACUCACGUAAAAAUCGAAUUCGUUGGAUGUGUGUAUUUUUACCGGAUAAUGGAGCUUUUUUUGUUAAUUAUAUUAUAACAUCAACAUUUAUUGGAGCUGCUAUUGAAUUAUUACGUUUAGCUGAUCUAGUCUUUUAUAUUUAUAUAAUUGCAACAGCUAAAUCAACUGCUGAACGACGUGUUAUUCGACAUGCUCUACAAUUUCCAUUUCGUUUUGGUGUACAAUAUGCUUGGACAGCAGCUGUAUUUUGUGUUAUUCUUGCUUAUUCCGUAGCUUGUCCAUUGAUAACACCAAUUGGUUUAUUCUAUAUGCUAAUAAAACGUGCUGUUGAUAAAUAUAAUUUAGUAUUUGUUUAUGAUACUGAAAUAGCUGAUAAAAGUGUUCAUCGUUUGGCAGGAAAUUUUAUAAUAAUUGCCUUAAUUAUUCAACAAUUAACAUUACUAUUCUUUAUUAUUGUUCGUUCUGAAUCUUUAACUUAUCUAUCAAUGACAUUAUUAGGAAGUUUUAUUUUAACAAGUGGAAUUUAUUUUGGUUUUUCAUGUUUUGAUUGUUGUGGUAAAUGGAGUUCAAGAAAAUAUUCAUUAACAAAUGCAAUAUUACCUGAGGCACCAAGUACUCGUCAAAAAUUAGAUGAUAUUGGUGAAUUAGAAGAAGCAGAAGGUCGUGAAGCACAACAACGAGCAACAUCUAAUUAUAUUCCAACUAUAUUAAAUGCAUGUAUCGAAGAAUUUAGUAAUUCACCAAGUGCAACAAAAGUUCAUCGUAGUUCAACACGUGAACCUAUACAACAAGGAAAUUAUGGUGCAGUUGAUCAAGUGAACCAACCAAUUGUUGCUGGAACUGGUGAUGAGAAUGAUUUACUCACAGAUUAA